CAGCACUCGAUCACGAUGGACGUCCUGGCCAAGACUAGCUUCUCGCGGAUGCGCGAGACUAAGGGCAUCAGCGCCACGGACGUGUAUAGCUGUCCAACAAUGGAUAUUGUCGCGUUCAUCACGACUGAUCAUCACGUGCUGGUCUACCAAUCGGUGGAGUGGAAAAGACUGUUGCACAUACAGCCAUCCGACUCGGCGACUGAAGUGACGCAUGUUGCAUGGCGACCUUGCGGCAAGUCGUUGGCCAUCGGGCGUCGAGAUGGGCAAGUACACUUGCACGACAUCGAAGCCGAGCCCGAUUCGUCGUGGCAGUCUUUUGACAACGUGGGUGGUUACCAUCACAAGUAUCCCAUUGUCGCAUUGAGUUGGACCAAUAUGACAGGGUGCGCGACGGCCAGGAUGAAAGAUCUCACGCCAUCUUACUUGAUGAACCCCCCCUCAUCCUUUUCAAGCACUCCAAUCACGUACACUUCCAUCUCGGCUAUUCCCGAAGACCAGCAUCACGUCCUUGUGUCGGCCGACUCAAACGGGACAAUUCUCAUUCGUGUCUGGGGCAAUGUGUGUUUGGCUCGGCUAGACACGAACCGCACCGACAUCCGGGCGAUCUACAUGCCGCACAACGAUGCUUCGUCCGUGCUGGUCGCGACUACCAACGGUGACUUGCUUCACUACACCUUCGACAUGUGUCCAGAGGAGCUGUUGUUUGUGGUGGGCCACCACAUUCGUGAAAUUCAGGGCCAGUGGGCCACUAUCACGUCAGCUCUCAAGCAGCUUCAAACCGAAUGGGACAACGGCGUGCGUCUGUUCGAGGCGAAGUUUCGUCUGCUCCGAGGGGAAUACGCCAAGUACGGAUGCAAGCAAGUCCCUCAGAUGCACCUGUACACGUUGUUGUGCAGUGGGCUGUGCUACCCUGCGCUGGAGUUGUUUCUGUCGCAGUAUUUGCAGGAACAGAGCAUCUUGAAGAUGCAAAAGACAUUUGCGCAUGGAUGUCAUGCCGUCGACGGUUUGUUGCACGACCACCUUGCUCCAAGUGCGGCAACGAUUCUGUUUCGGUUGAGUGAGCUACGCGGUCUUGGUCGCUUUCACGCGUUGUCCUUCAAGCACAUUGGGCUGGACAUGGCAGUGUUGUCCAACGUGAUGGAGUCCAUGGAAUCGCUUGCGCUCGAUCUAAGCGCCAUGCAGCGUGCCGUGCGGGAAACGGCAGUGGAUUUCGGUCUGUUCUUGGACUGGGUUGGCGACAUGAGCGCGUUUGUGACGAACAAAACAGCCACGGGAUCACGCAACCCCAUCGACACCCAACGCCUCGGGUGCUUCCUCAAUCGUGCGUACCAUGUUGCGAUUGCAUCUCGCCAGAAAGACCCGACGGGAGACAUCGAGCUCACAUUUGGCAACCCCGUGCCGCAAGGAAUUGCAUCGUUGGUGCGCGAGAAGGAACGAAUUCACCGGCAGUGGACUGCGCUGCUCGACCAAGAGGCCGCCUCGACGCGCUCCACGCCGCUUGCAAUUUCCAAACGCUUGGCCCUGCUGUCGCCACCCAAAACCGUCGUGUUUGGGCCCCAAUUCACUGUCGCUUUUGGAAACCAGUCGCCGGUCGUGGUGCUCGACACUGCCACGUGGGUGGCACUUGCAACUCCUCCGACCGCGCCGUCGUUUCAAGUGGUGCAAGCGAGCAUGUACGUCCGAGAGGCCGCUGCCCCCCGCGUAGCCGUGGUCGUAUCCGAUGGGUACCAAGCAUAUUUGCAAUUGCUCCCCGUCGAGACGACUGCGAUGGGUUCGUCUCCUUCACGGGCACAGGAGCACGAAUGCAUCAGAUCGAGGGCGUUGAUCGGGUGGUCGACGGUGGUAUCGCUGGUCGCGAACGGCACGCGCGGAGUCCUUUGUCUCCUGUCCCACCAACACUCAACGUUUGUCAUGUACGACGGCGAGUGCGACGACAGUGAAGUGGACGAUGAGUGAGGAACGUUGAACGCACCAACCUCUUCGCUGCCUCCUGUGCUAGCACCUAUGCUUCGCUCCACCACUGCAGUCUGUGGAAGCAGCGUGAUGCAAUCAACAAGCGACGAUGGUUCACAUUUUGUUUACGGAUCCAGUGAGCAUA